ACUGGCUGGCGAUGCACUCAACAGUUGAGUAUUAGCGGUGAAUCAGUGAAUAGGCAGCGCUAAAAUGGGUUUUACGAGAACAGUUUAUUUGGCUACAGCCUUAUUGGGCGUGGCUAGUUUGGCGUUGGUGCAAGCUGACGAACAAAUUUAUCGCAUGUGUGUGCCUCAAAAAUACUACAAAGACUGCUUGGAUCUGCUGAAGGAUCCCUCUGAGGCUGGCAUAAAAAUGGAAUGUGUCGCUGGACGUGAUCGCAUCGAUUGCUUGGACAAAAUCAAUCAACGUAAGGCUGAUGUGCUCGCCAGCGAACCGGAGGAUAUGUAUGUUGCUUAUCAUACUAAGAAUCAGGAUUAUCGUGUCAUCUCGGAAAUACGCACGAAGGAGGAUAAGGAUGCCGAGUUCCGUUAUGAGGGCAUUAUUUUGGUGAAGAAAAAUUCGAAUAUUAACAGCAUGAAGGAGCUGCGCGGCAAGAAAUCCUGUCACACCGGUUUUGGACGCAAUGUGGGCUAUAAGAUUCCCAUCACCAAGUUGAAGAAUACACACAUUUUGAAAGUUUCUUUGGAUCCCGAUGUGACCGCCACCGAACGUGAGUUGAAGGCUUUGUCUGAAUUCUUUACACAAUCCUGCCUGGUUGGCUCCUACUCGCCAUAUCCUGAAACUGACCGUCUGCUGAAAAAGAAAUACUCCAACUUAUGCGAACUAUGCGAAAAACCCGAGCAGUGCAACUACCCUGACAAGUUCUCUGGUUAUGAUGGCGCAAUUCGUUGCUUGGACAAAGGCAAGGGUGAGGUAGCCUUCACCAAGGUGCAAUACAUCAAGAAAUACUUUGGCCUCACACCGGGUUCCAUUGCCGAAGGUGACCCCUCCGAGUUCGAAUAUCUCUGCGAGGAUGGCAGCCGUCGCCCAGUCACCGGCCCGGCUUGCUCUUGGGCUCAACGGCCAUGGACUGGCUACAUCUCAAACGCUGAUUCAGUAAAUGGCGAGCAGAAAUUACACAACUUACAAAAUCGUUUAGAGAAAUUCUUCGAAAAUGGCUUACAUGCUGAGAACAAGCUGGCAGCAGAACAUUUGCUCAUUAAUGAAAAUGCUGUGUACCACAGCAAGCCAGAGGCCGUCGAACCAAAAGUGUACCUGGAACGCGCCGGCUACAAGGAUGUCAUCGAACGUGACGGCAGCGCCAUUCGAAAGAUGCGUCUCUGCGUGCAAACCGACAUUGAGUUGGCCAAAUGCGAUACGAUGCGUCGUGCAGCCUACUCGCGUGACAUACGUCCCGAAUUGGAAUGCGUGCAGGAGAAUGAUUGUUUGAUUGCCGUAAAGGAGCAGAAGGCAGACUUGGUGGCACUGCAUGCCAACAACUACAAAGAGGCGCGCGAUGACAAACUCAAGCCGAUUGUUUAUGAAAGCUAUGGACCCGAUAAUGUCUAUGUGGCCAUCGUAGAGCCGAGCGCCAGCAAGGAUGUGCAAAAGUUGCCAAUCAACUUUGAUGCACAGAACGAACGCGCUCGCCAGGCGGCGGUCUUCUUGAACAAACGUCGCAGCAUAAGUCCCUGUCAGACUACCCCGUCCACUGACAAGAAUCUCAUG